CGCUGCUGAGGGCCAGAAGAGAGAGAGGAAAGACGGAGCAGAAGGACAGACAGACAGGAGGACAGACAGAUAUUUUGCCGUCAUGGCGGAGAGUGCGGACAUGGAGCAGCUCCUGAACUCUUUUAAGAAGUUUGCCGUCCACGGAGACACGAAGGCCACCGGGAAGGAGCUGAACGGGAAGAACUGGGCCAAACUGUGCAAAGACUGCAGGAUCACCGACGGCAAGAACAUCACCGCUACCGACGUGGACAUCGUCUUCUCCAAAGUCAAACAGAAGACGUCUCGGGUCAUCACCUAUGAGGAGUUCCAGAGAGCUUUGGAGGAGUUGGCCCCAAAGAGGUUCAAAGGUCAAAGUAAAGAGGAGGCACUGGAGUCCAUCUACAAGCUGGUGGAAGGCAGAGAGCCUACCAACGUCGGAGUGACGAAAGUGGCGAAGGUGAAGGCGGUUGACCGCCUGACCGACGCGUCCCGUUACACCGGCUCUCACAAGGAGCGCUUCGACGAGAGCGGCAAGGGCAAAGGUCGCGAGGGCCGGGAGGAGAUCGUGGAGAAGACGGGCUACGUGGGAGCGUACAAGAACGCCGGGACGUACAACGACAAGAUGAAGGCCGAGAAAUAACAGGAAGUACUGCCUCUCUACAGCACUUAGUCUGGACCAGACCUUGAACUUUGACCCCUCUGUGUGUGUGUGUGUG